GUGUAUGACAGCUGACCGCCACAGAAGGGGCCGCUGAGAUUCCUUUGCAAAGAUGAAGGACAGUGGCUCACUGCCAGGAGCCAGGUACCUGCUGAAAGUGGGAGAGGACAAGUGUGACGUGGCGUCUGUCGUUCCGUAUGUCGUGGGACGGCUGGAGGAGCGAGGCCUCCGGUGUGUAGUGGAGGGUAGACACAUCGUGGUGUCCGCUGAGCCAGCGACGCUCCUAGCACAGGCAGAGGGGAUGAGGUGGAUGAAACUGCUGAAAAAUUCUGAGGAGGUUGCCUCUUUUACUGUUGGAAGAGAAGGAGAAUUUGAGCCGUCUGACAAUGAAAAGCUCUUCAGCUCGGCCGAGUGCUCUCUCCUGCUCUACCACUGCCUUGAAAACACUCCCUACACUCCAAGUGGACUCCAGAGUGUACACGAGUGUGUUCUGGAGGGAGACAAGGGUUUCGUGAGUGCCCUGCGUCUGUGCAAACCUCCAGUGUUGGCAGAGGUCUACCCACUUCACCAGCAAGAAGAUUGCAAGUCUCUCAUGUCAAUGCUGAAAUGGUCACUACUGCCCUCUGUACCGCUUGAUGUACAGCACAUCAGAAACUACUUUGGGGAAGAGGUGGGGUUCUAUUUCGGGUGGAUGUGUUUCUACCUGAAAUUCAUCUGUGUCCCGCUGGUGAUUGGGCUGCCCAUGUACAUCCUCAGAUCUGGCGGAGUCACGGUCGACACUGACCCCUACCUCCCCUUCUUCUCUGUCAUCAUGGCUCUCUGGGGCGUCCUCUUCAUCGUGUUUUGGCAGCGCCAGAGCAACACCUACAGCUUCCUGUGGAACACGUACACCCUCUCCCCGGCUGACGAGCUUCGACAGGAGUUCCACGGGUACCCCUCCGUAGACCCAGUCACCCACCAGCCCAACAUCCACUACCCCGCCUGGAGGAGGAGGCUGUGGUACUUGUUCAGUGUGGCCGCCAUGCUCCCUCUCCUCUCUCUCGGAGUGGCCACCAUGACACUCUCCCUCAACCUCAACGGAUACGUCAAGAGCACGGGGAGCCUAAUAUACGUGGAGAGUCUUGCCAAAUAUGCCCAGCCUGGAGGGCUGUUUGCUGGGGACUCUCCAUACUUCCUGUGGCUGGUGCCCGUACUCGGCCACUCUGUGUGUGUAAAUAUCGUCAACAGUGUCUACAGCAGGCUGGCCGAGUGGUGCACCGACCUAGAGAACCACAGGACAGUGCAGAUGUGGCACAAUUCUCUGGUGGUGAAGAGAGUAUUCUUUGAGUGCUUUGACUGUUUCAUGCCUCUCUUUUACAUCGCCUUCUACCAGCUCGACGUUGUGACACUCCGAGCAGAGAUUGUCAGUCUGUUUAUGAGUGAUGAGAUACGGCGUGUGGUGAUGGAGACAGCCAUUCCUCUGUCCAGACGAUUUCUUGUCGGUCGAGUGGAGAAGAAACUGGGAAAGGCGGCACGUCCCUGACACCAUUCUCUCAGAGUACGAUCAGUUUGAUGACUACCUGGAGAUGGUCAUCCAGUUUGGAUACAUUACACUGUUUGCGUCGGCCUUUCCCCUCGGAGCUGCCGUGACAUUCCUCUUCCUCUAUGUGGAGGUGCGCUCCGACCUCUUCAAACUCAUCACUGCAUACCGCAGACCUUUUCCAAGAAGGUUGGAGUGAAAAUGUUGAUAGAUACAUGCACACAUGCACCCAUAAAUAUUUUGCCUCUAAAAACCUAUUGGUGGCUGUUAAAAUUAGGUAGCAAUAAGCUGUUAAAAAUUUGAUCAAGCACACCCACAUUUUUCAGUUAUGUCCACUUUUCUCUGUGAGGUCAGAGUUCGCGACAUGGGGGUGUGGUUUGAGGUGAUGCAGGGGAUGGUGUUGCUGGCGGUGCUGACCAACUGUCUCAUCCUGGGCUUCUCCUCUGAGCAGCUCAUGCAGUGGCUGCCUUGGCUCUACUCCAGAGACCCAACCACCGGAGGAGAUCAGAUCAUGGCCAUCGGCAGCGGGAGGUACGUAGUGGGAGUGGUGUUUGGAUGUGAGCAUCUGCUCCUGCUGGUGGCAGUGUGGCUGCGCUACAUCAUCCACCCCACCACCAAGACGGUGAGGUUGGCCAUCGCCAGGCGGGACUACCUCAGCUCACAGCAGAGUGGCAGACAGAAGGAGCCAGCUUGGAAGACAUCGGGGGAUAAGGAGAAGGCCGACUAGCAAAGAAUGAUAAACUGUUUGGACUUGCAAAACAAGUGUCUGUAGUCCUGGAAUCAGACGCUAAAAGCAGUGCCGCCAAAUAUGAUUUUUCCUUAGGUAUUCAUUCUUCGCAGUGUUCUAGAUAAGACUAUAUCACACAAUUAUGCAGUGUAUUAUAGUGCAUACUGAUCGACUCACUUGAUCUAAAGACCGUACACAUCAUUGCCGAGCGCGUUA